CCCAAGCCCGACCGGGGUGGUGUUUGUGUUUGGGCUUUAUUUUUCCGGCGGAUGUGUGUGCUACUGUUCGGAUCAUAUUCAAGAAUGCCAUAGUGAUUCCCAGCAACUUAAAUGUGACUGAAGAUUUGCUUGGCGUUGUUGGAUGAUGUGUCGCCGAGAACUAAGCCAACCAAGCUUUAUUUGUGUGUGUUUUUAAGAGCUCAAAUACCCAACAGGCUCGAACAGUAUGAGUUUGCUGGAUACGUGGUCCUGGCAAAAAUUUGUACAGUACUGAAGAAAGUCCAGCCUUACAUCGAGUCAGCUGUGUUGGUGGCUUGCCACAUCAAAGUCGAUGAGUGCUCGAAUGCGCUCGGUAUAUGGUAGGGGAGGUAUUGGAAGGUCUGCUGUACCGAGAGCAUAGAUGUUAAAGCAAAACAUGGAAAGCGGCCCACCAGAGAUACCACUGCUGAUCUUACCAGAUGAGCCCGUUGAGCAUGACAGUUCUGUGGCGGCAGAAGACGUUGUCGGGACUGCUUCAAAACUUUCGUCUGAAAGUGAAUCAUCCUCGCAUUUGGUACCAUCGAUGGCUUCACCCGAAAGUGGUUCAGUUGUAGAGGCAUGCACCAAAGCUAGCUUGACAUCCUCUAACAACAGCGCUUCGACUUCAGAAGAGCAGAGCGCAGCUACCUGUGCCAUCAGUACCGUCCAAGAUGUACGUGAAGCUGGCCCAUCAUCAUCAAACGCUCCGGUUGACAUUACCGUGGACGUGAUGGCUAGUGGCGAUCUCGCUGGGUCAGGUGAUGAAGCUGGCCCGCCUCUCCUACAGACGGAAGCAUUGCUGCCCUAUACGGCCUCAGACGCUCCAGCAGACCCGGAGCAGAACAGGGAAGUUUUGCCGCCCCGAAAGAAGCUCGGCGCCUGCAACAAAAGCACGAAACCAACACUUGCGCCGCCUGUGCUUCAGCCAGAGGUUAUUACCAUUGAUGACGAAGAACCGGCGUGUGAUUUUGAGGAACCACCAGUGCUGCUGGCAGAGGUAGCCGUUACUCGUAAACGUAAAGGAAUUGUUCGCAAAAGGAGCUUCUUUGGAAACACGGUCGACAGCAGCAUGUUGAAAGAGUCAUUGCUGGAGUGUAGUCCUGCUAAAAAAGCUCACAAAGGUGGCACGGUACAUCCUGAUUUCCCCAGCCGCGGGAAAGACGACGACGUUACACUUCUGCUGUCUGGAUGUGGGAAAACUGGAGGCGAUGGAGCGUCUCCCAAACCAAGGACGCCGUCCAAGUCGGGUGUGGUUUCCGUUAAAGUGGACAGUAAGAAAAUUGAAAACCAUCCCGCUGGUCCACGCCCACACAAUCGUCAGGUUUCGGAAAAGAAUUUGUUUGUCGCCCUGUCUCCCGGAAAUAAGGAAAGCUGUAAAGGCGAUCAGAAGACGACUAUUCUCGUAAGGAAGGACAGACCGUUAGCGCGUCGCAUGGGCUCAGGCAGUCAGCCGAGUCGUCGCAGCGGCGCAGCUCGGUGUAGACCGGCCAGCGUGCAAAAUCAGCGUCGCUUUGUUGGUGCAGGUGAUAACGAGCGCAUCAAAUCGACAGGGUGGCGUUCAGUACCUACAGUGCCGUUGGACGAUGUCGCUUCGCAGUGCGGCUACGUGAGUAUCAGUGAACACAAGCGAGAAGUGUUUGCUCCCCUCCCUCUGCCACCCGGCGAUCUUGUGACGCUGCCACGCAACCCGGAGCUGGCCGAGCGUAUGCAGAAAAUUGUCGAGGCUGAUGGCUCAGAUCCUGAGGGUGUUUUCACGAGUAGCGCACUGGAAGGAUUUCUCGAGGAGAAGGCUCCACUGAAGUUGAGCUUUCCCGUACCAGACUGUCUUAUGCCUAAGGAGAAGCUGACUGAUAGAGAUGCAGAGUACCCGCCACCUGCUCAGCCGCCGCCUGCCAUCGUGCGGCCACGAGGAGAACCGCGCUUCAAAACACUGCUAGAGAAGCAGGUGUGGCUAGGAAUGCGCGACGAAAAGGAUCUGAGGGCUCUCCGACCGGCGCAGUCGCCGUCCAAAGACGACUCGACUGAUGCUCUGCCGCUGUACUCCCUUCUCCUACCGCCUCGCUACCUGUCCCCAGCUCGAUCUUCGCGUGACUUGUCAGUGCAUAGAGGUCGCCAUCUUCUCCCACUGUCUAAAGUCAUGCACAAGUCACUGGACAUGCGGCGAGCCUGGGACAAACCAGCAGAGGGCGCCGACUGCGUACAGUUCAUAUACGAUGGGCAUCGCCAGGUGCGUAUCCGCGGCUCUGGAUCCCUUAACGAUGGACCGACGACUCGUGGGUAUGGGAAACUGCUGCGCCCUGAGUCGGUGGAGGAGAAGGUGAACGCUUGGCGUGAAAAUGACUUCCAGGUGUUGACGGAGUCGGUAAGCCGCGAGCGGGCUCUGCUGGCGGCGGCCACAGUCCAAGACAUGCCACCGACUCCUUCGCGAGAGCAGCCAAGUCCAGCAACUUCUAGUCACGUCACUCCAAGUCUGCGACUCAGUCCGGCUGCUGUGCGCCACAGCUCUCGUACUCCCAGACCGCGAAGACGCCUGUUACUGGAAACUGAAGGCGCGGACGAAACUGCGGACUCCUAUUCGGGUGACAUGGCAACGUCUUUACCGGAAGAUAAGGUGACCGCUGAAGUCGAAAUCGAUUCUUUCGAGCCAAAGAUUCACAGAGUUGAUAACACGCCUCGGUCGGUUCCCAACGAACAAAGUCACAUCGAUGAAAAGUCUGUGUGCAGUGACAUCCGAAAGCUGGCGGAAGCUACAGUUGACAAAGGUGUACAUGACAGCUCUGUUUCUGAUGAACAGAAAGAUUGUGUUCGUCUUGAGGUGGCAGGUCACCAAGGCGAAGGCAUUGUGACUGGUGCGGAAGAAUGCAGGGCAGACGAGAAAGCUGGGAUAGCCGGUGACGCAGCUGAAACAUAUGAUGAUGGAAGGGCUGACGCCUCAGUGAAUUGCAAAGAAAAUAGCUACGAUUCCAACGGGGACUGUGCUUCGGAAGAGGAGGUUCAGAAUCAUUCAAGCUCUGGCGUACCCUUUGUCGAGCAGAAUGACGAUGCCUGUGUCAUUCAAGACACCGUUGGCAAUGGCAACGAGAACGACAUGGCGGACAAAAACAGCGACGGGAAGAACGGGCUGGAGAAGGACGAGAUCGACGCCACAAUUGAUUCACCUAGCAGCACCAUUGAACAGACUGAGGCUAUCGACUAUCGGGAUGACAACCUAGACAGAACAAAGGAUGCCUUAGUCGUCAUCCAUGAAACCACUCCUUCCGACAACAAGGGUAAUGUCUUUGUCCAAAAGAACGAAGCAUGCACCGCGGAAGGUAACAGUGAAGAAGACCACAGGGGCAACACGGACGACAAAUCCGGCAACGACCAGCAAAAGGACAAACUGAAAAGUGAAGAUGUUGAUUCCUUUGCCAACCCACCACACAGCGCCGAUGAAGAGGUGGAGGUCGCCGGCUGUUUUGAUGUUAACCUAGGCGCAACUGGGAGCUGUUUGGAGGCGCUGGAAGAUUCCCAUGUUUCAGAGAGCGAUGAACAUACCCUUGCUCAGCAGAAUGACGUUACCUGUGCUGAUGGAGAGAAGUAUGACAGGGACCAGGAUUACGACGCGGAAGACAACAUCAGCAACGACCAGCAAAAGGUCGAGACGAAAAGCCAGAAGACUGAUUCGACUGUCAAUCUACCCAACAGUGCCCCUGAAAAGACGAAGGUUUUCGACACAACAAAAGACACUUUCGGGACGACCGAGUUCAUAUGCGAUUCCAAUCGGGCUCUCCACGAACCUGUCCUGAAACGGAGCGAUAGCAAGGAAGCAGAGGUACAAGCCUGCCUCGGGCCAGAUACUCUGGAGGAUUUCAGUGCUGUGGCUAAUGUUUCAGGAAAUGUCGAAGUGGUCGAGAACGAUGAGCAUGAUGAUACUGUCGAUCUGCAAGCGUUACAGAGGGAAAACUCGACUGAUGCUGGUGUGUUACUGCAUAGUGCAGCCGAAUCUGCAAGUGUCGACGCAGCUCAUGAAGCGUCUGAGAGCGCCUCGCCAGUGGAUCGCCUUUCAUUCUUCAAGUCAUUGCUGGAGAAAUAUAGUCGGCCCCAAAAUGUUCAGACUGCUGUGUCAACUGACCAAUCAUCACCCACUCAGAAUGUGUCGAUGGGGUCUGGCACAUGUUCAGGAACUGAAUGUGCCUCCGACCGGUUUUUGAAAAAAGAAGGCCUCGAUAUGGCAAAGGCUUUGGUAGCAUCCCUUCUUAAAACCACUAGCGCUGUGACAACGACGACGCUUGACAAAAACGAGGAAAGAAAUCGCGACCUAUCGGGUGAGAAGGAGAUCAAAAUGGAACCUACCUGCAGCGAAGAAACCAAUUCACCCCAGUCUCAGAAAUUGAGUGGCGGCAGUGCCUCUUUCUGUAAAACUGAAGUGAUUGCAUCAGGGGAACAAGCUUCAAUCGCGGGAGGUCUGCAAGCUGACAGCGCCAACUGCAAGAACGAUGAGUCUUUUGAUGAAAAAGACGACCUUCGUCCCCUCUCCAGGGCAGGAGGUCCAAGCUCUGCCGUGAUUACCCAUGAAACAAAGGCGGAGAAACUUCCAGUCUCAGACUGUGACACGGAAAUCGCAACAGCCCUUCGCGCAUGCGUCCACCUUCCCCGUUUUCAUCCGACUGCGGUGCGGCCGUUUUGCAUCUUCCAUGAAGUGCACAACUGCCCGGAAUACCGUAUUGGCGGCAGCUGUUUCAUGACUGCCCAGCGCUCGCGGAUUUUACAACUACAGCGAAACUUGGCCAUCCGCACUGGGCGCCUGCCGGCACUGCCGGCUCGGCACCAGCACACGGCACGCACAUUUGGCCGUGUUCGGCCCAAGGGAGUGCGUGUGAAACACACGGCCGAAUCUUGUGUUGCCCUGCUUCCGAUCCCCGACGGAGCACCGCUCCCAGUGACUAGGCUGCCUCCCGUCAGACCCCCUCUGCGUCGCUUCCGUCUUCCGGAAAACGUACGGGUCUCUGAUGUGCGAGAAGUGGUGGUGCUGACGCCGGUCCGGCCAGGUGACGGCUCCUCGUGUUACAGUGUGCGUCUGGCCAGUGGCGAUCUCUGUCGUGUUGGGCCUGGUGACGUCCACGCGGGCGAGGCUUGGCGAAUGCAGCCAGCUGACGACGUGAUUGUCGUAGCUGCCGACGGCCGCCGCUUCCGGAACCCACAGGAUCGCGACUGCACGGAUUCCGUGGAUGUGGAGAAACCGGCCGGCAAUGUGACUCAGCUGUCACUAGCUGAUGUCAACCGCAGCAUCUCCCAAGGUCAGAUGCUGAUGAGUGGUUCGGAUGGUGGCCUGGUGCUCUCGCCGUCGCGAGUACGCGUGAUGUGCCGAGACAGGCUGCGCCGUGUCGCUGUCGGGUGUAAAGGCAGACGGGAGGUGUUCGAGACGGGCACCGUGGUGGUAAGGGAGGACGCUGGGCAGCUUGCGGUGAUCGGUGCCCUGCCGCCAGAGGUGACACUACACCCUGACAAGGAGUCCGGCUCGGAGGUAAGUGGUGCGCCCCAGUCGGUACAGCACGGCUCCGGUGAGUCAGGCAGCAACACCGCACCCGGAUCGACGAAGCUGACCGUGGACGAUAGCAAUGCUGAACUGCAGGUAAUCGGCACCGUGCAAGGAAGGUCUAAGAAGCAGCAACAGCAGCACGCGACUUGCCAGAAGAGGACCGCUAGCGGGGACACCAACGUGGUGAAAAAGAAGCGUCGACGUGGGUCUAGCGAACGUCGGUCAAUGACUGCGAAGGACGAUGACAAGGUCAAGCAGAGGAAGGCCCUGUUGGCGUCCACACAACCUCGUAGUAGCAACGGCAAGUUCCUCUCUGCGACAAAGCCAGUGACCAAAACGCUGGUUGUUUCUCGCCCAACCACUGGAAACGUCAGUAAGGCAACCGCAGAUAGCGAUAAUGUGGUGGUGGUUUCGGCAAAGAAAGCUCGGAUGCUGUGCGAGAUGCCGGCACCCGUCACGGAAGCCGAAGUACCAUCUGUACCAACACCCAGCUGGCUGAUGAGUCGCCUACACAGUGUGACAGUUGAGGUGGUACCGACAGCUGACAAGACAGAACUCACUAAGAAGCUGCCCAAGACGGUGGUAAAGACAGUGUCCCCGUUGAUGCGGAAAAAGCCGUCUACCCCUGCGACAGGCCAACCCUCCAAACCAAUGUCGGCAACAGGAGUGCUGAUGUCGGUGAUACAGAAGAUCUCUAAGAACGAUACAAACCCUGCCGAGAGCUCGUCAUCGGUCGUGGGAGAAUCGGCCAACUUAUCAUCGGCGACAUCGGCUCAAGAGUUUUCCCAGGAUAGCUCUGCUGCUGAAGUACUAAAGGAUGCCCGGCAGUCAAAGCCAAAGAUGAAGUCAUUUACCCCAGCGAAACCACUCAGCGGAAGACAGGCACCAAAGGCUGGCGUUGACGUCAAUCCCAAUCGGUCGCUAUUGAAACGAUCCUUCAUCGCCGAGACGACCGAGUCUGUGUCACCCGUUGCUUCGGUGCGAGGUCCUCGCGCACGACCGGGACAGAGUUCUCGGCGCAGAAGACCAACAGGUCCGCUGUCACCGAACGGAACGGCUGCGCGAAUCUGUGACCCAGCGCGGCCCAAGGUGCGGCGCAAGAGCUGGGCUGACCUGCCCUCAUCGCGCCAGAGCUGGACCAACGAAGAUAACGCUGUCGAAAAAGCGGCCGGGAUCAUCCUGCCGCGCCGACGCUCCUGGGACAACCCCGCGGCGCGCCAGAGCUGGACCACGCCGGGCGCCAGCCGGCGGCGGGCUCGCAGGAAGUCCGACAUCCCGCGGACUAGCCGGCCGCAGGGGCUGGUGGCUAGCCCGUCAGCGCCGCCACCGCAGACCUCGGCAGCAGCGGACGCUCAAACGGCACGGACGGACGCCAGCGAGCCGGCCGCGCCGCGGCUCAGUCCGCCGGUCGGCCGGCCGCCGCCCACCCUGCUGCGCUGUGACGGCGUGCCUGUGCGGCGGCCGUCCGGCGGCGGCGGCGGCGGCGACGGGCCGGACCUGGCCCCGGCGCUGGUCGACCUCACCACCCCCGAGAAGGCGCCGUCGCCGCGGCCAGCCGAGGCCGAGGCGGCGCCGGCGCGCCGGCGGCUGAAGCUGCCGCUGGAGGUGACGCUGCUCAACGAGUCGGACAUGAGCGACGACGAGCUGGACGACCUCGGCGAGCUGGCGGUCAGCGCCGCCCCAGAGAAGAAAUCCGAUGACGUGUAUUGUCCGAACAUUGAACUGAUUGAACUAUGAACACAUUUUAUAUCUUCACGGCGUAAGUCGCCGCCGCCGCCGCCGGCGUCUCUCACCGGCCGGUGCGUCCGGAGGUCGUCGGAGGCCCGGCCGGCGGUGGGCCGCCGAGCCGCCCGCCCGGCGCCGCGGACGGUUUGGGACAGUGCUGCGGUCAGUGCCAGGGAGAUGGGCACGGGGACGGGAUUUGUGCCGGCGUCAGGCCGGCCCGCCAUGAUCUCUGCGUGAUGCGAGGGACAUCGUCAGUGUGUGUACAAAGUGUAUGACCGCGUGUAUGUGCCGGUGUGAGGGCGGCGGACCGGCGCAGACCAGACCAGCGCCCCGCCGCGCCGCCCCAGUGGCGCUCAGGCAGCUCCGCGAGAAGGCGUCGGCUGUCAGGCGCUGGCGCAGAGUAUCCGGGCGGCCGGUCGUGGCGGCUGCUUUCUGAGAGCACUCACGUGGCAAGAUCGACAAUCUAGAAAUUUCAGCAUCUUCCUGCUUCGGACCGUGAGAAAAUCUAUCAGAGUAGCCGAGAGCCGAUCCGUUGAACCGGUUACCUUUGAAUAACUGCAGGCGAUUUGUCGAUCCCGCUUUAUAGGGCGCGUCUGAUGUGCCCGUGGUGGCAGAGAGAAGGCAUUUAUUCUGACGGACUCCAACUUUUUCGGCUUCUUCAUGCGUGUGGGCAAUAUCAGUUUAGCACCCAGAUUUCUUUGUUUUCUGUUGUGGCUGUGAGCUUUGCUAGGCUACAUUACGGACAAGUUGCUCUUUAUUUUGUGUAUCAUCCUCACACGCGGCAUGUUUUUUAUGUCCUCCGACGGAGAUUGUAGAUAACAGCUUCGUCCCGUUGUGCUUUCGACCUGAUCAGGAGCUCUCGUUGAAGACUGCCUUGGCGCUAAGGUGGGUCUCGGACUAUGGUUAAGCCUUGUUUACUGCGCAGAGUGUUUCCCACUUAUCUCUUGUUUAUGCUCAUUUGUAGGGUAUUUAUCGGAGCACGAAGGAUGAAAGAAGUGUCAUCUCUCUGCUUGCGCCGCUGGCUCAUCAGGGUACUGUUUGCCAGAGUGUUAGUUCAAAGUCACCAUUGAGUCGCGGUAGUGUGACCUCCCGCAGCGCCUGGCUGCAGGCGGGCCUGUCAGGUGGGUCCGAUCACAUUCGGGUCUGGGCAGCUCCGACCGCUCUAUGGCUCCAGUGAGCGAGCCCGCCUCCGGUGUAUCAGUGUGCUGUGUUUAUAAAUAUGUCUCAAUGUAAAUGAAUACAAGUUAAAGCUUGCUGA